UCUCUCACGCGCCGGCACCGUCGCCUCGUCGACGCGGUGUGGAAUGGGGGCUGGCGGGCGUGUGCAGGAAAACAGCAUGGUCUUCCAGAAGAAGAAGGCGGAGGUGACGGUCCGCACCUCGCAGUUCAAGGUGAACAAGCUGCUCAACCGCAAGCAGUUCAUCGUGGAGGUGAGCCACCCCGGCUGGUGCGGCACCGUCCCCAGCAAGCUCAUCCGCAGCCGCCUCGCGUCCCUCUACAAGGUGGCCGACGAGAACCAGAUCUCCGUCUUUGGCUUCAAGACGAAGUUCGGCGGCGGCAAGACGACCGGCUUUGGCCUCAUCUACGACGACCUCGCCGCUCUGAAGCGCAUUGAGCCCAACUACCGCAAGGCCCGCCUGGGCAUGGGCAAGAAGAAGCUGCCGGCCCGCAAGUCCAUCAAGGAGCGCCGCAACCGCAACAAGAAGAUCCGCGGCAAGGCGAAGGGCAAGAUGCAGACGAAGAAGAAGUAG